CGAGUAUCACCUGGGCAUCAUAGUGGAAACGGCCGCAGACAAGGGCCAGGCAAGUACUGAUCUCUUCUGUAUUUAGCGGGACGCUAUCGUAAUGAUCGCUAUCGCUUGCCCCCCCGGAGGUCGAGGCCUCAGCGCAACUCUCCGCAAACGACUGCGCGACUCGGUGGCCUCCUUUCCUUAUUGUCAACCCGUCCCCUCAUUUGCCCCGUCGUAGAUCGGUGCUCAAUACACUCCUUUCCGAUUGAUUCUCCUGCGCAAAUGCUGUAUGCUGUUUCAACACCCAACCACCCAAUUUGAGCUUUCGUGGCUCCGUUACCGCUCCAGGUUCUUGGCGCGCCGCCCCUGUCCGUCCUGUUCGCCGCCGCUCGAAUCCUUUGUCCAACUGCACACCAACACCCAAGGAGAUAAUGUCAGGGGGGGCGUUGCCCUCGAUUGCGGACAUCGCUGCUCCGCCUGUUGGACAUGCACACGGUCACAGCCGUAGUCGCGGUCACGGCCAUAAUCGAUCUGCUCGCUGGGCGCAACCACCUCCUCCCCUCUCCCAGGGACAUACCAAUGCCAGCAGCCCACCGCAAUCGGAGCCGACCGGCGCUGUGAGUGGCAGCUAUUCAUAUAGUCAUGUAUCACAACCAUCCACGUCUCAUCAUCACCAUUCGCAUUCCUCUCACUCGAUUGGGCACCAUCAUCACACCCAUACGGCGUCCUCGAUCCACCACGAUGCGUCGCAUGCGCAUGCCCACGGCCACGACCAUGAUCACGACCAUGACCAUGAUCACGCUCAUGAUGUCAAAAUGGGGUCGUCAGCACAAGCGGAUAAGACAAAGUCGACAAAUGAGAUAUAUACCGGCUCCCUUAUCGCAUUGCCUUGGAUUGCCCUAUCGUGGUAUUCGCGGAGUUGUGCCCAAACGGAGAUCCCAGGAGAUUCGACAACUGCAUCAAUUGGCUCGGCUGAGCAAGUCACAUCAAAGGUUGGACUCGUGACUGCUAUGGUCCUCCUCACUUUUGGAUGUGGACAGAUCGUGAGGAAAAAUCACCUACAGGGUGGUGGUUUGAUGAGCGAAUCGUCUAUCAAAUUGCCAGCGGCCAACCUCAAAACAGCCCAAUCAGCUUUGCAGCAAGUCUUCUCCGUCGGACUGCCAAUUUACACUGCAUUGAAGGUGGGAGGCUUCCUGGUAGCUUUCGCUCUUCUUCUUGCAACGGCCUCUGGGCUACCAAAUGUGGUCAACACAACCUUUCAAAGCGCACCCUCUGAGCGAUACAGCAAAAAGAUUUUUACCAUUGCGCUUUUAGUGGCAGUCGUUCUUUUGAGCUUUCUUGGUAUGAACCAGCCUUGGGGUUCCUCGCCGCUCAUGGGAUAUGUGGCACUGUUGGCAUCCGUCUUUGUUCUCCCCCCUCCCUUUCCGACGCUUCGCUGCCAGGGACCCAUCCCAGAGCCGGGUCUCGUUGCUGAAUCUAUGGCUCAGAGUAAGGCCGCGGAUAAUGGCCAAUCAUCUGUCGUUGUUAUGAUGGAUACAUCUCUCGCGCUCAUCACUGGAGCUUCCCUGGCCGGGUUGACUCUAUUAUUCUCUCGUGGCUUGCCAGUCAGCUCUUGGGAGCUGAUCUACCUUUUGCCCACCGCGGUAUCCUUUGCGAUGUCAUUGAUGAUCUGGUUCCCCUCGGGCCUUCGUUCGUCUGAUAAAGUUGGCCUCGCUGUUAGCACUGCGGCAGCGGCUCUCCUCUCCUCUACUCAUAUCAAAGACGAUCACCUGUUUAUCUAUGCCGCCCGUGGUAUUCUCGCUACCGUCUCAUUCUUUGCCGCCCGAAUGGAUGACAGCCAUCUACGCCUAGACGCCCAUACGCACACUCACGGCCAUAAUCACCACCACCAUGGGCACAAUUCCCAUGACAGCACAGAGACUACCCGAGUCACAAAGUGGCUGCUUCAUCGCAGUGAGAAAUAUCCGCUACUGCAUAGCAUCCUCAAGGAGAAAGAUUCUCGCAGCAUCUUCUACUUCAUGUGCCUGAAUUUUACAUUCAUGCUUGUUCAGCUGUCAUACGGGUUUGCCACCGGCUCUCUCGGUUUGCUUAGCGAUAGUAUUCACAUGUUCUUCGAUUGCCUUGCUCUCGUUGUUGGACUUUGCGCUGCUGUCAUGAGCAAGUGGCCGCCGAACGCGCGAUUCCCAUAUGGCUAUGGCAAGGUGGACACUUUGUCUGGCUUUGCCAAUGGUAUCUUCCUCAUGAUCAUAAGCGUGGAGAUCAUCUACGAAGCUGUGGAGCGGUUGUCUUCAGGAAGCCAGAUGCACCGUAUCGGUGAAUUGCUUGCCGUUAGUGUAGCUGGCCUGCUUGUCAACUUGGUCGGCAUUUUCAGCUUCGAGCACGGACACCACCAUCAUGGUCAUGACCAUGGACAUGACCAUGCUCAUGGCAAUGAAAACAUGCAUGGCAUUUUCCUGCAUAUUCUUGCCGAUACACUUGGCUCGGUGGCUGUGGUGAUUUCGACCAUCCUCGUACAUUAUUCGGGAUGGUCAGGCUAUGACCCUUUGGCAUCAUGCUUUAUCGCCAUUUUGAUUUUCGCCUCGGCCGUGCCGUUGGUAAGUAGCACGGCCAAAACUUUACUUCUCACUUUACCGGCGGAUACCGAGUAUAAUGUUCGUGAAACCCUGGCCGGAGUGAGUACCCUUAGAGGGGUUGCGAGCUACACCGUGCCGAAGUUCUGGCUUGAUGAUACCAACUCCUCGUCUUCAGGUCAUGGCCAUGCUCAUGAUCAUACUGGCCAUGGCGAUUGUGCUCAUGGUCAUGAUCAUGGCCACGACCAUCACGAUCAUAGCCACGCUCCUAGCCAUGAUCAUGGCCAUAGUCAUGACCAUGGUCACGACCACGAUCAUGCGCAUGAACACAAGGCCCAGAAAGUCCUCGGAGUGAUUCACGUGGUUGCCUCCCGCGGGGCCGAUCUGGAAGAUGUUCGCCAACGGACAGUGAAUUACCUUCGCGAAAAGGAUAUGGAUGUCGUGGUUCAAGUUGAGCGUGACGGAGACGGCCGUUGCUGGUGCGGGGGUGGAAACAAAGGCCCCUGAGUGACGCAAACCAACCUCUUAUUGGAACGUCAAUUUCGAAUCUGUCGGUCAGCAUUUCCUACUCGGCCUAUUUCGGUAUCUUUUGGCCAACCCAGCUGUCUCUAAACCCCAGACGAUGUAUAAACUGGGGGCAAUGGAGUUGGUUUACCCAUUUGGUACACCAAUCAUCAGCACAUCACAUAUGUUCUAAGAGAAUACUACAUACAACGAUUAUCUUCUGUCAAACCUACCCCAGUCUUUGCCUGUAUCACCCGUAAAUUAGACGUGCUCCUGGACGCAGUAGCAUCCGUGCUACCAAACCCUUCCGGUCGUCGGUAUG